AUGGUUCAGCGAACCUUCACCAUAGUGCCGCCUGCAGGGCCGGCCGAGCGAACCCCCGUCGACAGUCGCCCCAUGACCUCUAAACAAGUCCGCAAGGCCUACAAAGAAGCAAAUCGUAUCCCGCGCGUAUCCAGAGCAGAGCAGUUGAGACAGGAGAGAGCCGAGCAGGAGCGCAUCCGGAAGGAGUUUGAGAAGGAAAAGGCCGCAUUGAAAGCAAAGACGCUCAGGGAGAAGAAGCGCGCAAGGGAGCAGGCGGAGAGGGAAGAGAAGAAGAAGAAGGGUUUACCAUUGGUGAAUGUCCGGCCAAGCCAAGACACCAUUGCUUGGUUUGUGAGAGGAAAGGGAGCCGGUACCAAGAGAGACUGCAGAGGUCAGAAUGCUGCGACAACCCCGGUAUUGCCUAUAGUGGAGGAACCAGAAGAGGACGAAGACGACUUUCCCAGCCCGAAACGACUCUGCAAUCAAGAACAGCAAAAGGAAGCAGGCUGCGAGAAAGAAGACUAUCUCGAAGAAGAGUUUGAGGGAGGAGAGUUCGAAGAAGAAGACUUCGAGGAACCAGUAGAGAAGAGCGAAGAGGUUUUGCCCGCACUCGAAGAACCCGCUACCAAAAUUGACACUACACCAGAGAAGAAUCAGCGCACUGCCGAGGAAGACUUCUUGGGGGGUUUCGAAAUCAUGUCGGACGACGAGAUGUCCAGGCUGUCUUUUAACCAAGUGACUACAAAGCCUAGUGUAAUCAGCACAGAAGAUCGCCUCCCGACAUGCCCGGAGGCUACACCAGCGAAACAGGAAAAGGGCCAUUCACACCAUGAGAUCACACUCCACAAACCAGAAUCUCCCAUCACAAUCAAGAACCCUAAACCACUAGCUCUUCCAGAGUUUGACUUGAUAUCUGAUGACGAGGACGAUUUGGAACAGGAGAUGCUGGCUCUGGACGUUGCCCUGAUUUCCCAAAAACAGCUUUCAAAACAGCCCGUGCUGGUACUUGUAUCGCAAGGAUCUCAGAAGCCGGCUCGCAGUGCAACAGGCUACGAAAUGGAUCUCGGACUCGCUACUAACCUCCUCAAUCAUACUUCUCAAGAGAAACGCUCUAAAAGAGACGAGCAAGCGAGUCUUAUGCCACCACCGCCGAUACCCGCAGCUCCACAGCGCUCACGCUCCCCCAUAUCGCCCGUCGCUAUGAAGCCACAGGCACCUCCUCUGAGCACUCAGCAGAUCCUCUUUAACAUGGAUGAUUUCUUCCCUACAUCUUCGCAGCAGGCAGCAGAGUUGGAGGAAGAAGAAACCACAUUCAUCUCCCAACCCUCGAAAUCGUGCUCGAUGCCUCGACCUCAGGUUCCAAGUCCAAUUCCAGAGAAAAUACAAACCCCGCACACAGCGUCUUCAUCCCCCGAACCACCCAAGCCCUUUUUUACUUCGUCUGGGUCCAAUGAGAGAUUGGCCGUGGCCCUGCUGCGUAGCCGACGAACAGCAGAGCAAGAGGAAGAACAGAGAAGGCGCGCCCUCCAAUUAGAGGCCCUCGAACUCGAAGAAGCCAAGAAGAGAGAUUCUGAGCGUCGUGCUCGAGAAAAGCGAUUGGCAGACAGCAAACCGAAAACGAAUGUAGCUAAUUACACACCCACAAGGACAGAGCCACGAGAGAAAGGACAAGCUCCUCGACAAACAAGGCCAGCCGCUGCAACAACGCCGCAGUUUUCGAUGAGAAAGGGAUUUACAACGAACCCCAACCGCACUCCUGCAAACACAUCCGUACAGAGGACUCCUUUGGUCGCAUCACGAGCCAACGCCGCUUUACCAACUACGGGAUCACGGCCUACGGCUGAGAUGAAGAGGCCUCUACCUCUUGGCAAUACGCCCCGAAAGCAGUCGACCACUACCACUGUUAAAGGAGCAAGUAAACCACUGCCCCUGAAGGUUCAAAUCACAAGACUUGAGACGCCCAAAAAGGUGUCCAAAGAAAAAACGACUUCUCCUGGAAUCAGCGAGGCUAAGCACCUAUUUGCUUCUCAGGAAUCGGAAUUCGGCGGAAGCUGGAUGGACGAGCUCGCAACGGAGAUUGCCCUAUAA